GGGUAUUUUUGGUAGACCAAUCAAAAACACUUUACAAGUUAUCUGGAAAACAAAAGACAGUAAUAACAAGACCUCAGCCAAUUUACAGCAAAAAUCUCAGAUGAUCAAUCUCAGCAGCCCGAAUACUUUCUUCGGGAACAUGGUUAUAGAACAUUGAAUCCAAAAGGUGUUUGUUCUUCGCCAAAUAAGUCGUGCGCUCCACAUUUAAGUCUGCCGUGUAAGCGGGAAUUGUUGGUUCAGCGUGCUUUGCAAUCAUGGCUAAUACACCGAAAAUUUCUCUAAAGCGGAAGUUCAUAAAAGCCGGAGUUUUCAAGGCUGAGUUGGAUGAGUUCCUAAAACGUGAAUUGGCUGAUGAUGGAUACAGCGGUUUCCAAGUGCGCGAAAGCCGUAAAUACACAGAAGUUAUUAUACUAGCUACAAAAACACAAAGUGUUCUCGGCGAGGGUUCAAGACGCAUCCGAGAGCUCACAUCAGUCUUGCAAAAGCGUUUUGGAUUCCCUGAUGGAACUUUAGGACUAUUUGCAGAAAAAAUGACCUUCCGCGGUCUGAGUGCUAUCGCACAAGCAGAGUCUCUCAGAUACAAGCUUACAUACGGUCUGCCUGUUCGGAAGGCGUGUUACGGUAUCUUGCGUUUCAUUAUGGAAUCCGGAGCAAGGGGUGCAGAGGUGGUUGUUUCCGGUAAAAUAAAGGGUCAAAGAGCUAAAGCCAUGAAGUUUUGUGAUGGUUUAAUGAUUCAUUCUGGUGACCCCGUCAACUACUACAUUGACAAAGCUGUUCGCCACGUGCAGCUUCCACAAGGUAUACUAGGAAUCAAAGUGAAAAUUAUGUUGGAUCACGACAGUUCUGGCAAAAAGGGUCCACGAAAACCUCUGCCUGACUCAGUUACGAUUCUGGCCGCUAAAGAAGAAGUACUGCCAACUGCUCCCUACUCUGAAAACAAAAUGUAAAUAAUUUUACAAUAAAGUUUGUGGACUGAUGGCUUUUUCAUCUAUCUUCGCGUUAAUAUGCAACUUAACAAUCGUGCCAUCAGGUGUAUUAAAUCACAAACACGGCUAAGGUUGACCGAUGACGGUUACCCAUUACACGACAGGUUACUUGUGUAGUCCAUUGGUUACCUUAACUACCGUGAGUAAGGUAGUGUCUUAGUUAUUACCUUGAUGUGUGCUCCAUUAUCAGUUAACUUGGUAGGAAUACAGUUCAACGGAAUUCUUACUACGUAGGUUGCACUACUAGUCGAGGUUUACAAAUUCAGUCUUCUCUUAUUUUGUUUAUUUUGCACUCCACAGCUUGAUUUUUAUAGUUGCUAUUGGAUGGUGCUGUUUGGGAACAUAGCUAUUGCAAGUCAGUUUUAAUUGAGGGAAGUUUUUAGCACUAAUAUUUGGGUGAGAUUUGAAUCUUCCUGCAUGUACCCAAGAAAACCGUUUAUCCCUCUACUGUGACCUGAUCAUGUUAGAUUGAAUGUUGUCUCACAACUGCAGAAGUAUUGCUGAUAUCGGUAAAACUAACUCAAUUAUCCAGAUAUCGAUGAGUUAGUCGAGCGAAUAGAGAGUAACGUCAUUCAUUCUACGUGGUUCUCACAAAUUUUGAACGAGAAAUUUGGUGCUCUGUGGAUGGUAAAUGAGUGGGUUGUCCAACCUCUGAUCUUGAUAAGAUGUAACGUCUUUUCCUCAACAAUAUUACCACUUAGCGUAAUAAAUAGUUCUUUACGUGAUAUCAACCGAUGACAAGUUCAUUUGACCAUAUUAAGCCGAUAACUUAAUCUUUUCCCUUGAAUUAGUUUUAUAUGAGUGUAAUCUUUGACCUUAUUUGAAUAUCACAUUGUUUGUCGUAGGUACUAUACCUCUACCUGCUAGGAAGGUCUUCUUACUGAUAUCUGCUGCAUUGUAUGGUGUCGAGUUACUGUAGUAAGCGCUUAGUCAUGAAGGUGCGUCUAGGAGCACACUGCACAUCAGUCAUUGAUGCAGUUCACUUCUGGCAUCAUGUACAAGGUACCUACAGAUUGUUCAGAACACCUGUAGGUUGUUGCAGCAUGGACUCAUAAUUUGUACUUCCAUCUGUAAGGAGGAUAGAAAGUUAUCAUGUGGCGAAUUUUACUAAGUGACUAUUCAUAUGAAUACAGUUGAUGAAUCACAUCUGUGAGCUUGCUGUCUAAACUUCCGUAGUUGAAUAUCAGUCAAAUAACCCAAUGAGCUAUAUAUCCAGAUCAUUUGUCCUACUAGACCGACAAUACGUAGUGGUAGAAUGUCUGACAGA